AUGCUUCGUGUACUGUCUUUUCUGAUCUUAGCCGCUCGGCUUGUUGUGGCUGCGUCGUGGUCCGUCGCCAUCGACGACACUUACGGAGAUGUUGCGACGGGGGCGAUGCCCAUCUAUAACCCUCCUUCGGCCUGGACCCAAGGCCAAGCAUGCAUAUCUGAGAAUGAAGAUUGCUUGGUGGACCUCGAUCCGAAGCAGGUCUCAAACGGAACUUGGCAUUAUUCCGUCGGAAGCAGCGACGACGCUCCUCCGCGGACCAUUGACUUGAAUUUCGAAGGCAACUCCAUCAGCGUGUACUGCAUCAUAUCGCAGGUCGAUCGUGUACGGAUCGCUGUGGUGAACAUGACCUUCGAGCUUGACGGACAGCCAGUCGACACAUUCUUCCACGACCCUUCCGGAACUAAGGAUGGAGCGGGGAACUACGACAUCCAGUACAACGUCGCAGUGUAUCAAAGUAAUCUCAUCACGCUAGGGAACCAUACGCUGCGAAUCAGUUCCAUAGGCGGUUCGAGUAUGUAUUUUGACUACGCGCUGUACACGACCGAGUCGGAUCUUCAUAACCCUGCGAUGUCCCCGUUGCCUUCGGCAUCGGCACCGUCGGGCACCCCUGCGACGUAUGCCCAAAACGCGUCCUCCGCCCACCCUAGACUCGGAGUGAUAGUGGGGGCUGCUGCGGGAGGCGCUGUCCUGCUCAUCGCCAUAGGAAUCCUGGCGUUCAUACUGAUUCGCCGGAGACGCCGUGCCGGCGAGGAUCUCUUGCGGCAUCGCAAUGCCAGUCUCUCCAAGGGAGGCUGUCGGGUGUAUGGUAGACACGACUCGCAGUCCGAUCGCCGGAGCAUCAUGUCCAUGGACUCCGUCACGCUCGAGAACCAUCGUGCCUCGACUCCAUACUUUCCGUUCAAGGACCCGGACCCUUUCUCGCCCACGUCUCCCUCGCGGGACAGAGGAGACGCAGACAAGACGUCUGUGGAUGUAUCGCCAACGGACUCCAGUUCACUUCGCUACUUCCCCGCUCUUUCCUCUUCCGUGGAUCAGCCUGCUCCGCGUAUCGUGGUCACCAGGGGCGAGACUCACCUUGUUGGGCCAGACAAUUCCAUGGCCCGCUUCGCGCGCCAGACCAUGGUGGAGCGCGAGGCAGAACUUAUGCGUCGCAUGCGAGAGAUGGAGGCCGCUCUGGUGGCGAAGUAG